AUGGUAUGGAGUCAGAUCAACCCUACAUCACUCCAUCUCAGCUUCUUGUUCCUCUCGGGCAGUAUCCUCCUAUACACUGUACUUUCACGUUUUCUAAAAGAAACACUCCUUCUGGCAGAACCUCCACUCGCUACCUUGGUCGGUAUUCUGACUGGACCCGCCGUGUUGGGUGCCGUUGAGCCCCAGCCGUGGAAGCUCGGCGAUCAUGUCACCAAGGAACUAGCACGACUCACUGCGAGUAUGCAGGUAUUCAUUGUGGGCAUUGAGCUCCCCGAGGGAUACUGCAGGAAGCACUGGAAAGGAAUCGGCAUCCUUCUUGGCCCCAUCAUGAUAAGUGGCUGGGUCGUAUGUACGAUGCUGAUCCAUCUGGUUUUCGGUGCUAGCUACCCGUCUGCGCUCGUUAUCAGCGCUUGCCUCACUCCCACCGAUCCGGUGUUGGUCGCGACGAUCCUGGAGGACCCCAAGGCGACUAGCGACCGUAUUAAGUAUCUUCUGGCCGCGGAAUCUGGCGUGAAUGAUGGCACCUCAUUCCCAUUUCUAUAUCUCGGGAUUUUUAUCCUGAAGGAGCAUUCUGUUGGUGCCGUGCUGCGGGAAUACUUGACGGUGACAAUAGCAUACCAAUGCAUUGUGAGUGUUGCUGUUGGGAUAAGUCUUGGUUAUGGGGCGAACAGGCUCCUCCGCUAUUCCUACGAGCGUGGUAGAAUUACGGAAAACUUCGUUGCUCUGUUCCCCUUAGCUCUGAUCUUCUUCAGCUUAGGAUUCUCAAGCACGAUGGGGAUGGAUGACUUCCUACUUGUCUUCAGCGCAGGCAUCGGGUAUGCAUACCACGGUCGGCUUGAACAUGCCUACCAGGUAAAUCCAGUGGCCACCUCAUUCAUCAGCUUCUCUCUUAGUAUAGCGACCUUUAUCUAUUUUGGCCUGAUGAUCCCUUGGGCUGCUGUCGCAGAUACGCCGCAGUUAUCAUCAUCAAAGAUUGGGAUAUUUGUGCUUCUUGUUCUACUGUUUCGUCGAAUCCCUUUUAUUGUCGCACUGAAACCAUUUAUUCCCGAUAUCAAAACGUACAGGGAGGCGCUCUUCUGCGGUCACUUUGGACCCAUGGGUGUCGGCGCUCUGUUUUUGUCCAUGGAGGCCAGGGAAAUCCUUAAUUCCUCCUGCUCCCGGGCACAGGCACAGCCGGGCGACAACUGGGACCAGUAUGCCUGUGAAACUGUGGAGUUGGUCUGGCCAGUUGUUUGCUUUACUGUUUUGGGCUCUGUUGUGGUGCAUGGCUUGAGUAUGAGCAUUGCGAAGUUGGCUCGGACUGUGAUAUGCGCUCGAAAGCAGCAUAUCAAGUCAUCAUGUACCUCAGAUAUGCCCAGCACAGGGUCUGAAAUCUUGAACGGUGGACUGUAUCAUGAUGAGGAGAGUCUACUCUAG